CACACAUAGAAGAAGAAGAAAUGGAACUGAUGGAGGAUGUGGUGAUAGUUGGAGCAGGAAUUGCAGGUUUGGCAACAGCAGUGGCUUUGAAAAGAGUAGGGGUUCGAGCUUUGGUAUUGGAGAAAUCAGAAGGGUUAAGGUCCACUGGUACAGCCUUGACCCUGACUCCAAAUGCUUGGCUCGCCCUUGAUGCUCUUGGUGUUUCUCACAAGCUCACCCCCCUUUAUACUCCUUCAAUCAAGGGAUAUGUAACCAAUGUUAGUACUGGAGAAGUUCAAGAAGUCCUCUACCCUCGACAAGGAAUUAGGACACUUCACCGUAAAGUGUUGUUAGAGGCACUGGCAGAGGAAUUGGCAACUGACUCAAUUCGAUUCUCUUCGAAGCUAGUUGCUUUUCAAAGUCUAGAACAAGGAGGUGAUGCUUCCAUGGCUGUUGUACACUUGGAAGAUGGAACUACCAUCAAAUCUAAGGUUCUGAUAGGCUGCGAUGGGGUGCACUCGUUAGUGGCACGAUGGCUAGGACUGGCAGAACUGAUCCAUUCAGGUCGAUCAGCGGUGCGGGGUUUAGCAGUUUUUCCUCAAGGCCAUGGAUUUAAACAAGAAUUUCCUACUUUCAUGGAUGAGAACAAUAGGGCUGGUUUUGUUCCUCUUAAUGAUAGGCAACUUUACUGGUUUUUAGUCAGCCAAGGGGAAAAGAUGGCAGGAGAUGCAGAGAAAAUGCAAAGGGAUGUGCUUGAGAAAUGUACAGAAAAAUUUCCCUCAGAAUACCAAGACGUGGUGCGGCAUGCCGAUCUUUCCUCAUUAUCAUGGGCACCGUUGAUGUUUAGGCCUCCAUGGGGGAUCAUAUUUGGAAAACUAAGCAAAGGAAAUGUGACAGUAGCAGGUGAUGCUAUGCACCCCAUGACUCCUGAUCUAGGAAACGGUGGUGGUGCAUCACUAGAAGAUGCUGUGGUUUUGGGCAGACACAUUGGCAAUUCAGUUAUGAACAAUGGAGGACUGGUUAUUCCAGGAGACAUGGCUAAAGCCAUACAUGAUUAUGUGAAGGAAAGGAGGUGGCGUGCCGCUAUGGUUGUCACAGCAUCGUAUUUAUCGGGACGGAUGCACCAUGGAGAUAGAUGGUGGAUAAAAUUUCUCAGGGACAGAGCACUUUACAAGUAUUUUUUCGGCUGGCUUUCUAGACUGGUAUUUGUUUAUGACUGCGGAAGACUCCCUGCUAUUUCCUGUGGUGAAAUGGAUCUGUCCAGGAAGAAGGAUUAA